AAUAUUUCCGUUGUGAAGUUCGGAUCUUAAAUUAAACAUCUCCAUAUUUUCAAAUUGCUGUAAAAGUGUGAAAAAACUUUUGGAACCAUGAAAAUACGGCCGUUAUCGGAACCCCUGCAAAAAAAGGCGAUCAAGGAAUUGUUCGAAGAUCCAGAAAGAAUACAUUCGGAUAUAACAGCUAUUCGAACAUGGCUUCAAAAGCAACCACAUUUGGAAUCGGUUAAUCCGUCUAAUCAAAGAAUAGUUUCGUUCUUGCGAGGAAAUAAGUACAGCUUAGAACGAACGAAGGAAAAGAUUGAUAUGAUAUACACACUGCGGACUUUGGUGCCGGAAUUAUUUCGGAAUAGAGAUCCAUUUGAUCCAAAAAUACAAAGAAUUUUGGCAAAAGGGGUAGUUUUGCCAUUAGGCAAGUGUGUUAGUGAAGAUGGAAGUCGGCCAAUAUUAAUGAGUCUUAAUAAUGGCUCUUGUCCUGAAUGUACCCUGGAGGACAUGAUGAAAGUCUCAUACAUGAUUUUUGAAUUACUAAUCGAGGAAGAUGAUAACUUUAUUAUUGGUGGAGAGGUAUUUAUUUCAGAUUUCAAGGACGUUGGAAUAUCUAUACUAUCUCAGUUUACGGCACCGUUUGCCAAAAAAGUUAUAACAUCAUUCGAGAAAGCUUUCCCGGUGCGAGUGAAGGCUGUGCAUCUAUUAAAUACACCACCAGGAUUCGAAACAGCUUACACACUAGUUCGAAAGUUUUUGAGUGAUAAAUUGAGGAAUAGAGUUUUCCUGAGCCGAAGCCUUGAACAGUUUAAUGAGCACUUUCCUCGAGAAUUGUUACCUCAAGAAUACGGAGGCACCAACGGUUCGAUUCAGGAGUUGACUGAGUACUGGAAAGGCAAGGUGGAAAGCUACCGUGAUUGGUUCCUUGCAGAAGACAAAGUGCGCUCCAACGAGUGUUUGAGACCAGAGAAACCUAAAACCACAUGCUCGUUAUUUGGUGUGGAAGGAUCAUUUAGAAAACUAAAUAUAGAUUAAGGUUCUGACGAAGAACAUUAUUAUUUCUUUUAUAUUUUAAUCUUUAUAAAAAUAUACGAUCAACUUUGUUUUUAAAUUAAACGCAUGGGCACGUAGGAUACUUCUUAGCUUUAAGAUACAAAUCAUAUUAUAUAGUAGACAAUCUAUUUCAGUAGAAGUGUUUUUCAGUAAAAAAAAAAUCUAUGAUUUUGUUUUACUUUAGGAGUUUUCUAUUGAAUUGUAUGAGAUAGUUUUUAAUUAAACUAGAAAUAUAAUAAACUAACUGUAACAUUAAU